AUGGAUAAGGUGGAACACAGCCUCAGGAAAACUACGCAAGCAGUUAUCCAAAAGAAUACCAGCUCUCUUCCUACCACCGUUGAAGAUGCAUGUGAGAAAAUUUUGGGCAGGUUGAAGGAAAGCCAGCGAGCAGAUGCUGAAAUUCUGCUUCAUCUCGUCGUGGGUGCCCGACGACCUCUAACCCUCUCGGAAAUGAAUGUGGCAUUCCAACUAGCUACAGAUGCCCCAAAUAUCCAAGGGCAUGAUGAUCUUGAGCUCCACGAAGAGCGUCUGAAGUCGGAAAUCCGCCGAAUUUGUGGACUGGACUUCCAGGCGAGAGACAACAUUUUCGAGCAAUACCUGCCUGAAAUUAGCGCAAAGAACUAUCCACUCAUCAACUAUGCUUCGAAGCACUGGCCUGCCUAUGCGCGCGGCGUGGACCCCGGAGACGAGGUCACGCAGAACCUCAUUUAUGAGUUAUAUAACUCACACGAACCCGAUUCUACAUUUUGGUGGCGAAUUAAGGCACAUUACGCAUCUGGAAGACGGGACGACUCGAAGAAUUGCUGCUCAGAGACAUGGCUGGCUAGCUUAGAGGCCAAAGACGCAUGUGGCCGCACACCGCUGUUCAUCGCAUGCGAGAGCGGCCAAUCAGAGAUAGUUCGGAUGCUCCUCAAAGAGGGUGCGGACGUUGACUCAAGAGCUAGCGGUUGCCCUCAUUACACCAAACCUCUCCAGGUUGCAUCACGGGGAGGCCACAGCGAUAUUGCCCAAAUGCUCCUCGACAAGGGCGCUGAUAUCAACGAAAAAGAUAGGGGCGACGAUGGUCACGCCCUUAUAGCUGCGGUGUGUAGAGACUCCAUUGAAACUGUUCAAAUGCUUCUCGAUAAUGGUGCUGAUGUCAACGCACAAGGUGGCCUUAAUGGUAAGGCCUUUCGGGCUGCAUCUUUUAAGGGCCACACACAAAUUAUGCAGAUGCUACUCGUUAAGUGUGCGGAUUCUGAUCAGUACCUGAUCAGGACAGCGCAAUACGAUUGUUCAGAUGGUUUCUUAUGGGGACUGGACGAAUGUCGAGAUCGAAAGAUGCAGCUCUUCACUUCCGAUAUUAGAUCAUAA